AUGGGCGAGGAAAAGGACGAAGAAGAGAAGCCGGCAGCUGUGGGCACAGCCACCGCCACUGCCAGCAGCACAGCGGCCCGCCAUCGCGUCGGCGGCGGCAACAAGCGGAAGCGGCGGGACGAGGGCGAUGACGGCUACGCGGGCGAUGUGGUGGAGCGUGUGCGGGAGCGGUUGCGGAAGCAGGCGGGCCUGGUGCUGAGCAAGCUGGCCGAUGACCCGGCCUGCUGCGACGCCCUGCGCGUGUACGACGGCCUCGUGGUCCAGGCCAUGCUCCUCGCGCCCCACCAGGGUCCGCUCGCCCCGCUCCUCCACAAGCUGCUCCUCAACAUCGGCCUCGCCGCGGCCUCGUCACCCACCGCCUUCUGA